UUAACCUAAAGGUUUAUUGAACAAUUGGAAACGACCGAUAAUAUUCUAUAACUAUGAUACUGCUAUGACAAAAGAAUUACUUAAGAGGACGUGUCACGAAAAAUUUACGCGUGCAACCAUGACAAAUAAAACAGGUAUGACAGCAAGGUUACGAGUACUACGUGAUACUGCGCAAACAUGGCGUCCGGCUUGCUCCGCUUAUCACAUAUUUGCUAUUGAUAACUUGUUUAUAAUGUAAACGAUGAUAAUGAUAAAUAAUUUCAUAUUUUCAUGUCAAUUUGAAUUUUUAAAAGAUUUUCCACUUUCAUUUAGUAUUUACUAUUAUAUAACUAUUGAACUAUUUAUUGUAUUUAUAAUUACACAAUGCCAGUUUGUGUAUAUGAAGGGUGUUUUAGUGGCAGUAGAAGAAAAGAUAAAACCAGAGACCCGAACAUCCACCUGCAUAGGUUUCCAAAUGACCCAAUUCUUCGACAAUUAUGGGUGAAACAAAUAGUCAGAAACAGUGAGGUUACUAAUAUUAAUUGUGAAACAGGUGUUGUGUGUUCACUUCAUUUUUCACCAGACUGUCUGGCAGAAAAAUCAUAUGCACAAAAAGUUGCAUCAUACUCUCCGAAAUGCCUAAGAAGACUAAAACUGGAUGCUAUACCGUUGACAAAACAUGGAUUACAUUAUGAUGAUAUACCAUAUACACUUUUGGAAAGUUUAGGAACUCCACCUAUAAAAGGUUCACCUGCUGUAAUAAAAACCCCUAGUGGUUAUUUUAAAGUAACACAAUCUGAAGUAGAAGUAAAUCAUCACAAUGAUGUUAUCUCAGUCCGUUCAAAACUUUUUGAUGAUUUAUGUAAUGACUUGGAAGUAGGUCCUUUAAGUGAAAAUACUGUAGUAACGCCAACCGAUGAACCAUAUCAUAAGUAACGUUAAAGCUAUCGCAUACUAUUACUUAUGAAAUGUAUACUAUUUAAUAAAAUUAAUAUUCUUCUGUGCCUUUUGUGUAUACGUGUUCUUAUAUUAUAUAAUGGUGUUCAACUACCUACUAUUUUUGUUUUAGUGUUUUACAUUCUGCAACCAUCAAAUUUUGUGUGUACAAAAAUGAGAACCAAAGGACUUUAUCAAUACCUUUACAUUUUAUCUAUCAUUGAAAACUUAUGUUCUUGAUUUGUUUAGGUUUGUAAAAAAAAAACACCUAUUACAUCAAGAACAGGUUUUUAAUAAUAAUAUUAAUUACAAAAUAUUUAUUGCAUUCAAAGAAAACAUAUA